GUGCUGUUUUUUGCUCUCUUGGUUGAAUUUUAUACCUUGUUCGGUAUACCGGUUUCUGGUGCUGCAUUGUUUUAUUAAGUAAAAAUUAAACAAAAAUUUAAAAGUGAGCCGUCUAAAAGAAGUAGAAAGAAAAAAGUGAAAAAUUUAAGUUAAACCGAAGAUGGAAGAUAGAAAACAUACUAUGAAAUGCAUAGCAGACUUAAUAUACCAACAUCAAUCAGUAGCCAUUAAUGUGGUUCAAAUAGCAGAUUACGCGAUAGUGGCUUGAUGCAAGGAAAUCAACAAACCGACCAUUUAUAACUUAUUAUUGAACCGCUAUUGUAGGUCAUGGUAAUUUAAUAGUCGCGUUUAUAUUAUCAGUGUACAGUGCACGUCGCAGUGUAGUGGUGCAGUUGAUAACCGAUAGCAACAGUUUGUAAUCUGGCAUUCCUUCGGUGUUCAAUGUGAGCAGAAGUGAAAAUACUGGAAAUGCCUAUUACCAGGGCAAAAUUAACAAAUGCAAUCGCAUGCAACGGUAAAAAAUUGCCCUCAACUGCUGCUGAUUUAAGAACUAACAUUUCACAACAAACGGACAAAACUGAUGACAAAACUGCCGCCUUCUCAGGUGCGUCCGCCUCUAGUUUGAGUGCUCGUAAUGGAAGACCUGGCAGUGGACUAAGCUUUAGUGUAUUAGACCUGGCAGCUAUCCGCAAAAUACUGGAAAACGAAACCGGUGGGGCAUUAUGCCCCAGUUGUCAAAUGCCCUUUGAUAAGGGCAAAAAGAGGAAGCUGAUAGACACCUGCGGCCAUGAACGAUGUUACUCAUGCAUGUUUCGCAACGAAAUCUGCUCGAUAUGCCACCCGGCUACGCAGGAUAUCGAUCAAGAAAUAUUGUCCAGAAACAGUGGCUACUUGAGCAGAAAGAUGCAGGAUUACGAUACCGGAAUCGGUAGCACUACAACGCUGCUGAGCCCUCUCGGAUCACCACAACCCAUUUGCAGAUUGCAAAAUAAGCUAGGGGGAAACGUUUCGCAAAUAUACAAGGCUCCAAGUGAUCUCAUGUCAUCGGAUGUGUACAAACUGAAAGAUCGACCACCUCGGUGUCCGUCCGGUACUGGAAAGUCAGAACCACACUACGCCAGCAUAUCAAAUACCACAUUUGGACUCGGCAUGAAAACGUCACAGCGCAGUAGCCUCAACAGUAGCAGUGAAAUUUCAUCCAGUGCGUGUGCCACUCCUCCACAAAAUAGGAGACGCCUUUUUAGUCCUAAGAAUCUACGAAGUCCGUUUGGUUACCGUCGCAGUAAUGCUGCAACAGAUAACUCAACAAUGUCUGAUGACGAAGGUGGAAACGUAAAACCAAUGUUGCUCAAUUCGAAAUCCAAGUCAUCGCAGGACGAACUGCAAGUUCGGCUUGGGUUCUUCCUGGAGAACAAUCCCCGGCGCAAUAUUCGAGCACCGAUUCAGUCGUGCAGCUCGCUCACCUCUACAAACACCAGCCCUGUUUCAACCUUAACGGGAUCGUCGGAAGCGGACGUUUCACGCAACUUACAAUUGCAAGAACCAAAUCACUACGCUGCUGGAUGCGAUUCUAUCGGAUCCAUGAUGUCCGUGUCGAUUUCAGAACAGAGCAAUGCUUCAUCAAGUCCCUUAAGUAGGAGACAUUCAGUAACCACGUCUCAAAAUGGGGGCCAUAUUGAUGAUCUUACACUUUUCAAGACCCGGAAAACUGCUGCCCGACGUUCAGCCCGAUCUGGUCAGAUCAAAGGGCCUAUUGAUCCGAAAAUUCGCUUCGCCCAGUACCGCCAACAGCAGCAACUAACACUCAAACCUCUUUUCUUUGAAGUCCCCACACAGGAACCUGAUCCUCUAUUUGUCGGUCGUCACUGGUUGGUGCGAGAAUUGGCAAAUGCCAUUCAAUCGACUGAUUCGCCAGGAAUUUUGCUGAGUGGUAAUUUGGGAACUGGUAAAACUGCUCUGCUGCUUCAGUUGGUAGAGUACUCCUGCUUUGGAAGACGAAAAGAAAUGCCCAUACAGGAAAACGAUGGCAUCUACUGUCAGAUCAACGUAGCACACGAUCGAUUGCGUAGCCUUGCUUCGCACGUAGUUGCUUAUCACUUCUGUCAAGCAGACAAUAAUGCAACUUGUCUUAUACCAGAUUUCAUCCACUCGUUAGCCGCCCAACUUUGCCAAGCUCCUCAACUGGCUGCUUACCAUGAAUUUUUACUUGGAGAACAGGCCCUUCAGAACGUUCUUAGUGUUAAGGAGUGUAUUGCUGAUCCGGAGCGGGCGAUGAUAAUGGGUAUUUUAGAACCUCUAUCGGCCCUACGACGAGUGGGGAAAAUUUCCCCGAAAAACUGCGUCAUCCUAAUUGAUGCCUUAUGUGAAGCUGAAUACCACCGGCCAGAUCAUGGCGACACCAUUGCAUCUUUUCUACAGAAAAUGACCGAACAUUUCCCUUCAUGGCUCAAGGUGAUCGCUACUAUAAGAACACAGAUGUUGGAGUUCACCAGAGGUCUGGCGUACACAAAAAUGACACUCGAUAAUUGGAACAGCAACGAAAGUCUACAGAAGGACAUACUCGAGUACAUCACAUUCCGCAUCAAUCAGAGCUCCAGUAUUCAGCAUAACAUUGCCGGAGGAAAGGAGAUCAUCAAUACUAGUUUGCAUUUCAAAUUCGCUCAUCAUUUGCUCACGUUAACAAAAGGUUCCUUCCUAUACGCCAAACUCACGUUAGAUCUAAUCGAGCGUGGUAAUUUGGUUAUUAAGUCGAGCAGUUUUAAGGUGCUUCCAGUUUCUUUAGCGCAAAUAUUUCUUCUUAAUUUCAAUCUUCGGUUCCCAACGUCGACGGCGUAUGAUAGGAUUUCCAGCAUUCUAAGUGUAUGCCUAGCGGCUCUGUACCCUUUAACAUUGACGGAAAUUUUCUAUUCGGUGAAUGCAUUGAUCGUGGAGGGUGAAGGCGGUGAACUCAUUGAUUGGGACGAGUUUUUGUGUCGAUUUAAGACACUCACCGGAUUUCUAAUAAAGCGAAUAGACAAAACGUUUAUGUUCUUCCACCCAUCAUUCAGGGAAUGGUUGAUAAGACGUGAUGAUGGGGAAAGCACAAAAUUUCUCUGCGAUCUCCGAAACGGCCACGCUGGCAUUGCACUACGCCUGUCUCGUUUACAAGUUCCUCUUGAUGCAGAACAAACUCUUGAGCUCGGUCACCAUAUUCUAAAAGCUCACCUCUAUCGUGCGGCACCACAACAUCAAUCCCCAAGGGAUCUACAAUCAUUCUGGGUUGCUUCAGUAACUUCCUGUGUGUCGUCUGCACUGUGCACCUUAAGAAAUCUCUACAAUCCUAACAUUAAGGUAUCACGCCUGCUAAUGCUGGCUGGAGCAUCACCAGAUCACGUCACUAGUUUCCUAGGAAAUGCAACGGCACUCUGUAUAGCUUCUCACGAAGGAAUAGUACCAAUGGUAAACCUUCUAUUAGAGUUUGGAGCUAAUGUUGAAAAAACCAAUAGUCAAGGAUGCACUCCAUUGAUAUUAGCUUCGGCCAAAGGCCAUUGCGAUGUGGUGCGACAAUUGGUGGCUGCUGGUAGCGCUUUAGGGCAAACCGAUACCUCUCAACGAUGCGCCUUAGUACACGCAGCUAUAACUGGAAAGCUCAAAAUAGUAAAAUACCUAGUAGCAUGUGACUGGAAUGUAAGGCCCAGUAGUAAUGAUGUUACGUUGGAACAAGCAGCACAACAGUCUCUAAUAGCUGCGUCUGGACAAGGUAACACGGAAAUCGUCGAAGAUUUCCUCGAUAUGGGCGAAGUACAAGUGAAUCGAUUGGAUAUUAUAACAGGCGAAACGGCCUUGACGACGGCGUGCUUAAAUGGACACACAGAAACAGUAACUAUUCUGCUUAGUCGAGGUGCUACCACAGAUAUCAGAAACAGAAAGGAUCAGUCACCGUUGCUGAUAGCGGUUAAGGAAGGACAUUGGGCAAUCGUGGAGCGACUGCUACAAAAUCAAACCGACGUUGAACAGACAGAUUGCAACGGAAAGACAGCGUUGAUGGUUGCAGCAGAGGAAGGACACGUAGGAAUUAUAGAGUUGUUACUCAAUAGAGGAGCAUCACUAACUAGUCUCGAUAAGGAUGGUUUGAGUGCUCUUAGUUGGGCAUGCUUACGCGGAAAACAGCAGGCCGCCAAAUGUCUUUUGGAGAGAAAUGCUGAUAAACAACAUGCCGACAGUACCGGUAGAACGCCACUUGAUCUCGCGGCUUAUCAGGGAUCGGCGGCGUUGGUACAAAUGUUACUUGAUCAUGGAGCACAGAUAGAACACGUAGACGUGAAUGGGAUGCGCCCAUUAGAUCGUGCGAUAGCUUGCCGUAAUGUUCAAGUUGUGCAAGUCUUCCUGAAACGUGGAGCCAAAUUAGGUCCAGCAACAUGGGCCAUGGCUAAUGGCAAAUCUGAAAUUAUGCUAAUAUUACUAAAUAAACUACUUGAAGAUGGUAAUACUUUGUAUCGUAAAAACCGUCUGCAAGAGGCAUCUCACCGCUAUCAGUAUGCUCUGAAGAAAAUACCCACAAUCCCAGUUACUCACACCAGCAGCAACAAUGUAAAUGCAAUGGAGUCUGAUACGAACAACAAUGCAGCUAAUAGUGCCACAUUCAAACAACUCAAAUUCAACUUCUUACUCAAUCUUUCGAGGUGUAAGAGAAAGAUGAAUGAUGCAGUUGAAGCUAUCGAACUCGCUACACAAGCAGUCGAUAUCAAACCGAACGCUUACGAUGGUUACUAUGCUAGGUCAAAGGCCCUAAUGGAAUGCGGAAAUUUUUCAGAAGCGCUGAAGGAUGCUGGAGUCGCAUUGACCAAAUGCCAUUCCGCAUCAUUAGAUAUUCGUGAAACACUCACUCGCCUACAUAGUGAUCUGCAGAAACGCCACAUUAAUGCAAUGUCUCAAACAAACAAUGCAGUUCUUUUGGCCAUAGAUGGUGCCGGAAGUAGUACAAGAUCUAGUUCAGUUCACAGUAGCCGUUCAAUUGGAGAAUCUGUGGAUGAAAUUACGGAUCUAUAAACAGUACUUGCCACCUUUUUGGAUAAUGAAUUUUUGUUAGUAGUUAUAGGAAAGUAAAACAAGAAUACGAAAAACCGAAAAAAGACUAAAGAAAAUUAUCAUUCGCAAUGCAAUAAGCGCCUUAAUCAGCUUCCUUCGUAGUAUAACAAAAUAGUUGAACUAAUUAUCAACUUUCACGUCUACUUGAAUGCACUGAAAGUGCACAACAUACUAUUGAAACGAAUAAUUCCUUAGAAUGAAAAAAUAGUGUGGAACAUAUUAGGAAUAGCAAUAUUUAAAACAUCAGAUCCUUACUUAAAUUAUAACUUAAAUUAUUCCAAUAUAGGUUGGUGCAUUUUCGGAAUGUAACAAGUUUUGUAAGAAAAACUAGUGCUGUAAAUAAGAUAUGAAUCAAUUAAUUUCGUAGAAUGCCCUCUAGAUACUAUUUAUCAGGUAUGAUUACAAUAUUCAAUUUUUGGUUUCAAAUAUACUUA